CACAUCGUUCUGCAUCGAAAGAACAACGUGAUACGUCUUCUCCGUCGACCAGGAUCCAGUGGAAAUCUCGGAGACACCAUAUAUGGGGUUCCACUGCUGUUUAUAAUUGUACGACAAACCCAGGAGUUUUUCGCUCCCAGACUCGUCCACACUCACACCCAUCAGAGGAAUAGACCCCUCCUCCAUUGGAAGCUCGUCAAUGGAGACUGUAGCUGCCAGCGUGAAGCCGUAGUUUGCAAAAUGGUACCGUUGGUUCUGCCCCUGCUUGCCCACAGGCCACUGCGCUCCUCCGCCAAUGCCACCAAACCUGAGACCAUUGGGAACUUUGGACCCUUUCACCACAAAUGCGUCCACACAACUGUACACAUCCCUCCAGUAAGGUUUGUCAUACUCGCCGGAGAGGAAUCCCACAAGUCCUCUCGUAGGGAAUGUCGCGUUGCAUUCACCCUUCUGCGAUGGGACCACAGAUGCAGCGGAGGGGCAAAUACCCGAAAGGUAUUCAUCCUGAUCUUUCUAAGAGUUCAACACGGACUUCAUCAGCUGCAGCUCGUUUUCAAGGUAUGA